AUGGUAGAGGAACAGUCAAGCAAGCGUAAUAGUGGAAUUAAAAAUGAUAAACCCGUUUGGGAUAGUUGGAAGUCUCUCAGCCCUCGUAAUAGAAUGGUGAUAGCGGGAUCUGUGUUUGUAUUCUCAGCUAUUGGCUUAUACGUAUCAGAUAGGCUUGAAGAAAAGUACCCAGCUGUAAAUCCUGCACUUUUACAGCAGCAGCAACAGUAG